UGGUAUUCAAAUUCCAUUGAAGCACGUGUAGCUCCGGUAAAGCAAGUGCGCGCACGUUUAAAAUGAAUGUAGACGUGAAGGUGUGGAAUGUAGAGACAUGAAACUACCUCAGUCAGUGGUCCAACGCACAGUUGAAACGGUGCUCGUGAAAUUGUAUUUCUUCCUGACGAAGCCGUAACGUGAAAACGGUUUCGUUUCCGCAUGCAAGUCUCGGAUCGUUGUGACUGUAGAUUAUUUUUUCUGCUCGAUCAUGUAAUUAAACAACCGAGACUAAGGUACUCGUUUUCCGUUGCAGGACGGGAAAUACUACAACAUUUGAUGUAUCGAAUCUUCCGUACUAUGAAUUUGUGAUAGCGAGAUAGUUCGGACAAAUGACGUCCAACCCAUCACAAUACUAUGGAAUGACGAAUGGUUAUCCUCCCACUGCGAAUGGUCCUCAACAACAACAACAACAACAACUACAACACUAUCCGCCUUCGUCACAACUGCAACAACCGCAACAGUAUCCUGCGAAGAAUGCUAUGAUGAAUGGACCGUCUUUGCAAUCCCAUCCGGCAGUUACCGGUCAACCACAUUAUGGAGUCCCGAUUAAUAGUGCCACUUCACCCUUACAUAACGGGCCGCAACUAGUGCAGAAACCUCCGUUCAAUACCCAAUUGCCGCAGCAGAAUAAUCGAAUGGCAAAUUUGAUUUCUAAUGGCAAUAGUGCUAACUCGUCACGAACGUCAUCCCCAGCGCUAGGUAGCAGAAAUAUACCGACAUCUCAGUUGCCACCUUCGGUGGGCAACCGACCCGUUGGUUAUCCAACAGUUUCUAGUCAAAAUCAGCAACUCAGUACGCCGGCAGGCAACUAUAAUAAUAAUAAUACAUUGAGUGGUACUCAAAACUGGGUGAGUGGGAUCAAUACAACAUUGAUAAAUACACCUCCAAAGACGGCAUCGGGUCUUUCCACUCCACUGAACGCAUCGACCCCGAAUUUGGGACAGGUACCAACUAAUGGUCCGUCCAGUAACCUAACAGCGAGUAUGCAAAAUUUGAAUAUCAAUCGUCCUCCAUCGGCACAACAGGUGAAUCACGUGAAUGGUUCUGGGACUCCCCAACCACCAGUCUCCAGCAACAGUUAUUCUAACCAGCAGCCUCCCAUAAAACAAUCAAAUGGACAACAGGUUCCAGGAGUAUUACAUGGCCAGCAACCACCACCAGUAAACCAGCAAGGCCAACAAAUUAAUGGAAAUUAUGUUCCCACUAGUACACAACCUCUACAACAGGGUGGUCCACCGCUAGCCCCGGUAACCGGUCGAACAUAUCCGGGAAUGCCUCCAAUAGCUUCCGCAACUUCUACAACAUCCGUUGGAACAGCCAUUAAUAAAAGGCCUUUGUAUCCAUCGCAAACCAUGCCACCUUCGUCGCAGCCCAGUAACUAUUACCCAAAUCAACAGCCCAAUACGCAUCCUGUUCAGCAAUAUCAGCAACCACAUCCACAACAUCCUCACCAAUACAAUCACCAUCAACAGCAGCAUCUGCAGCAACAGCACCAGCAACAGCAGCAACAGUUCCAGCAGCAUCAGCAACAGCCGCAACAGUUCCAGCAGCAGCAACAGCAAUACGGUGCCAAUUUACAACAACCCUACCAGGACAGUGUUCUGAAAAGUGGAUUCAACCGACUUUGGGGUAACAACACAGUAGAUUUACUGCAGAAUCGUCAUAUUCUGCCGGUGGGGAGAGUUCGACCUCCACCGAUUCAUCUCAAUCAUCCGUUCCACGAAGCAGAAAAUUGUAAUCCGGACAUUUUUCGGUGCACGUUAACAAAAAUUCCAGAGACUAAUCAGCUGUUACAGAAAUCGAGGCUGCCACUUGGUGUGCUGAUACAUCCUUUUAGGGAUUUGAGUAAUUUACCGGUGAUUUCAUGCAACACGAUUGUGCGCUGCCGAUCCUGUAGGACCUAUAUUAAUCCAUUCGUAUUCUUCGUCGACAGUAAAAAGUGGAAAUGCAAUCUUUGCUAUCGGGUGAACGAAUUACCUGAGGAGUUUCAGUAUGACCCCGUGACAAAAACGUACGGCGAUCCUACCCGACGACCGGAAAUAAAAUCCAGUACGAUAGAGUUCAUCGCCCCGUCGGAAUACAUGCUUCGACCGCCACAACCUGCAAUCUAUCUAUUUUUGCUGGACGUGUCGUCUCUGGCGCAGCAAACCGGUUAUUUGAAUACGGUUUGCAAUACAUUGAUUGAGCACCUGGAGAACUUGCCAGGAGAUGCACGAACCCAGGUAGGCUUCGUUGCGUUCAACAGUGCGAUACACUUCUAUAACAUUGCCGAAGGUUACAAUCAGCCUCAUGAAGUUACUGUACUGGACGUGGAAGAUGUGUUCUUGCCAUAUCCCGAUAACUUGUUGGUUAAUCUAAAGGAAUGCAAGGAAUUGAUCAAGGAUCUGCUAACGCAGCUGCCGAAACGAUUUGAACAUACUCAUGAUACUCACAGUGCACUGGGUGCUGCUCUGCAGGUGGCAUUGAAGUUGAUGCAGAGCGCUUCGGGUGGACGAGUGACGGUGUUUCAGUGUUGUCUUCCUAACUACGGACCAGGAGCGCUGCAGUCAAGAGAGGACCCAAACAAUCGUUCGUCAAAGGACGUAGCCCAUCUCGGACCGGCAACCGAUUUCUACAAACGUUUGGCGCUGGAUUGCUCUGCACAGCAGAUUGCGGUUGAUUUGUUUCUGUUAAAUAGUCAAUACUGUGAUCUAGCUACAAUUUCUGGAAUUAGCAAGUUCAGUGGGGGCUGUAUGCAUCACAUCCCGUUGUACAGUGAAUCGAAGCCUCAGUUGGUCAAAUCGUUGCAAAAAUGCUUUGAACGCUACCUCACGAGAAAAAUCGGGUUUGAGGCCGUCAUGAGAGUGCGGUGUACCCGAGGAUUGGCCAUUCACACAUUCCACGGUAAUUUCUUCGUACGGUCUACAGAUUUGCUCUCGUUGCCCAAUGUUAAUCCGGAUGCAGGCUUCGGAAUGCAGAUCACUUACGAUGAAAGUUUGGCCGAAUGCAAAACGGUAUGCUUCCAAGCGGCACUACUGUACACAAGCAGCAAAGCAGAGCGAAGGAUUCGGGUUCACACUCUAUGCCUGCCGGUUACAUCCAGCCUUUCGGAGAUUAUGUAUUCAGCCGAUUCACAGUGCAUCGUCGGUCUACUGGCGAAAAUGGCCGUCGAUCGAUCGCUAAGCUCCAGCUUAUCCGAUGCCAGAGAUGCCUUUAUCAAUGCAACCGUUGAUAUUUUCAGUGCUUUUAAAAUUGCACAGAAUUUACCGCAGAAUUCUGGGGCCAUCGUGGCUCCGGAGAAUCUCUCUCUGCUGCCGUUGUAUAUUUUGGCGUUGAUGAAACAUGCUGCUUUUCGGGUAGGAACGAGUACACGUUUAGAUGACAGAGUUUUUGCAAUGAGCGAGAUGAAGACGAUGCCUCUGGAUCAGCUGAUUCGAUAUAUCUAUCCGGACUUUUAUAUUCUCGAUAGUCUGUUUCACAAUGCGACGAGGGAAGGUAGUGAUGGUGAAGCACUAGUGGUUGAACCUCCCCGAUUACAGCUAUCCGCAGAGAAGUUUGAUUCACGCUCCAUGUUCCUACUGGACUGUGGUCCUCACAUGUUCGUUUAUGUUGGAUCGAACGUUCCAGCAGAUAUUUUGAAGGAUGUUUUAGGGAUCAACACUGUUCCGGAGAUUCCAGACUUUUGCAUUGAGCUGCCAAGUCGGGAUACGCCAGCCAGUGAAACGCUGUUUGCAUUUAUUGAUAGCAUCAACGAAGAGAAACCGUAUUCUACGUACACACAGGUUAUCAGAGACACCAGUCAAUUCCGUUCAUUGCUCGUGGAGAAGUUUGUCGAUGAUAGGAAUCAGAGUUCCGUAUCCUACUACGAGUUCCUGCAGCAUCUUAGGACGCAAGUCAAGUAGGAUUAUUAACCUGCCAGAGAAAAAAGGGGAAAUAAUCAAAAGUUUUCGAGUGUACAGACGCCGAAAUACAACGUACGCACUAUUAUCAAUGGGUGAUAGUUUGGUGAAAACAGGACAAGAUGCUGUCGGAAAUCGUGUGUAUGAAAUAUAAUGUGAGAAUAAUAAAAUCUAGAUAAUCAAUGGUUGAAAGUGUAGAAUAUAAUACCAAGAAUUAUAAUAUAUGGAAACAAAACUAUAAUAGUUUAGGUAAACUUCAAAUUACGCUGAUUUUUGAACGACCUUCGACGAUAUAAUACUAGGGAAAUAAAGUGAUGAUGACGACGAUAGUAAUCAUACAUAAAAUUGUAAAAAAUAGAAACCAAUACAAUCGCAUAGAAGCUAACCACAAUAUACUUUUUUCGAUCUGUUGGCGUAUAUCGUUGAUAGCGAUUUCUAUAAAAUUAUCUAGAACUCCGUAGUAAAAAGAAAUAUUUUAACAAAAAAACGCUGUUUUUUAAAAUCGACACUGUUAUUACGACGAAAAAGAUACACCCACAUAAUGCAAUUGUCUGUAUCGAAGUAGAUCAAGCGCGGAUGCGUAUUUUUGUGGACGAACAGCUUUAUUCAACAGUUAUUUUGGUGCGAGAUAUAAAGCGAAAAAAAAAUACUCCCGUUUCUGAAAGGCAUCUCAUUUUUCUGUUGGCGUUCAAUUAUUUCCGAGUGAGGUUCUGUUGUUUUAGUGGUUAACUACUUAGGACUAUGUAUGAAUUAUAUGUAUCAUAUUAAUUGAAAUAAGAUACUUCUGAAGGAGAAACGAGACGAGCUAAAUCAAAGCUCCCCAAAUGUCGUAAUCUCAUCGUUGGCAUGAAGAAAUAUGUAGUACUGAAAUGCAUCUAGUGUUUUUGUAAUACACUAUUGAAUGAUUCUAUUUUCCUUUCUACAAAUCGAUGUUCACAACAAAUAGUUUCUACUUAACUACUCUAUGUGCUAUACGGUUUUAGAAUUGCGAGAUUUUGUUGCUCAAACAUUUUGUAUUUAAAUAUGACUAGUGUUUACGUUUAUGGCAUUUGCUUUUCGGAAGUUUAGUUCAUCUAUGUUUGUACAGAUAUUCCGCUUUGUUAGAUGCGAUUAGUUAUCUGAUAACAUGGGAGGGGUAAAAGCCUAGUCUAUUCUUUUCUGGCGUUGGGAAACCGAGCGUAUUAGUGAGGGAGCAUUCAAAUUAUUCACACCGGUAAUGAUCAACAGUAGAGCUAUGAAGCAAUCCAUUUUUUUAAAGGCAAGGGUGUGUGGAUAGAUAAAACGAGAAGUAUUUGUUGUAUGUAUGUCGUUAAAAUUAUUAAGAAAAAUUAUAAAAAAUAUAUAAGUUUCUGAAAAUAAUAAAUAACUAUAUAGGCAAUUA